AUGGUCAACGCUUCUCCACCAUCACCUCGAAGAGUAGCAGUUAUCGGUGCGGGACCAGCCGGUCUCUCUGCCGUCGACCAACUCGCCUCACUCUCACCCUCAGCCUUCUCCGUAACGCUCUUCGAUCGACGUACCACUUUCGGCGGAGUAUGGUGCUACGACGCGGAUCCGGGGGAAUGCGUUAUCAGGUAUGAUGCCUCUGGUCGACCGCACGCUUUGUGGGAAGGUGGACUCAAGGAUGGCGAUGAUCAGGGCAAAUUCCGACCGCCUGGGGCCAUGUAUGAUGGACUGCGAACGAACCUGACUUGUGACAUUAUGACGUAUCGCUCGCAGCCGUAUGGGCGCGACACAGCGUUGUUUCCCGACCGAGCGACGGUGGAGAACUACAUCCAAACGUUCGCUGAGAAGGUGCUGCAGCGGGCGGAAGGAAUAGACGUCCGACUCGGAACGGCCGUGCAAGACGUUCGGCGCACGGAAAGCGAUCACGCUGCGGCCAAGAAAACGAUCGGAGCAGGCAGCUUGUGGUCCGUCACAUCAGUUACCGUGAACGGCGGAGACACUAAGGUCGAGACGUUCGACCAUGUCGUUCUCGCAAGCGGUCGAUGCAACACCCCCACUAUCCCACGCAUCGACGGGUUGCGCAGCUUCAAAGGCCACAUCCUGCACUCUGCAUGGUACCGGUCCCCGAUUCCGUUCGAAAACAAAACAGUGCUCGUGGUGGGCAACUCCUCCUCCGGCUCCGACAUCGCGCGAGAGCUCAGUGGGUAUGUGCUGCGCACUCUGCCUGAGGGCCAAGCUGCCACGGAUGCGUUCAUCGAGAGGUGCUGCGAAGGACGCGAAGGCAGGGUGCUGCAUUCGUACGAGCACUUUGAGAAGCCGCCUCCGCUGGAUUUCGAUCCACGCGAGGAAGGGUCGCCGGCGUGGGCGAAGCGGAUCACGGUUGUGCCGCGAAUAGACGAGGUGCGAGAUGAUGGGAGCGUGGUGUUUGAGGGCGGUGAGAAGAGAGAAGAUGUCGACGUGUUGAUCUUUGGUACCGGGUAUGCGUACGAUUUUCCGUACCUGGAUCAACAGGUGGCGCCGUUUGUCGAUUCGCCACUCAUCCCGCCGCCUCCCCCUCCCGCUGGUACACAAGACGAUCUUCCCGAGACCGGGAUAGAACCCUACACACCACCCUAUCGCACAGCACCCUUCCUCACCAACCUUGACGACUGGAGCCUGUUCUAA